UCUUAAUUUGCGUAUCCAAGAGAGUUCUAAUUAAUCCUGUCCUGUACUAUGGUUAUUUAUACCGAGAAAAUAAAAAUACUCCAGUUAUUUAUCCCCAACUCCUUAAACCAUAUCCUCAUUUUAUCUAGUCAGGAGAUUUGAAGGAAAAGAGAUGGGAAGAUUAUUUCUAAUAGAAUUGGAUGGAAGAGUAUAUAAAUGCAAAUUUUGCCGAAGUCACUUAGCCCUUGCCGAUGAUCUUGUCUCUAGGCAGUCUUUCAGUUGUCGCCGAGGAAAAGCGUACCUUUUCAAUACUGCUGUAAAUGUCAUAGUUGGAACACAAGAGGAGAGGAUGAUGCUCUCUGGCUUGCAUACUGUUGCGGACAUAUUUUGCUGCAGCUGUGGACAAAUCGUUGGCUGGAAAUAUGAAGCAGCACAUGAUAAAAGCCAAAAGUAUAAAGAGGGAAAGUUUGUGCUGGAGAGGGGUAGGAUAGUUGACGGUGUGGACGCAGAGUUCUACCUUGACACACGAUCUGGGACAAGUGAUGCUGAAGAUGCUUAACAAAGUUAUUCAAUAAUUGUAAUCUAUGUACAAUGCUAGCUAGUAUUUAGAGAUAAGUGGUAUCCUCUUUUGUUUGAACUAGGUGAUAAAUUUGUCCUUUCAUCUGUAAUGUUUGAUAUUGUAUGAUGACAGUAGACUAGUCACAGUACCUGUACACAUAUAGUGGGCAGCUUUGGAAUAAAUGUUGGGUCCCUGGUCGACGUCCACUACGGGGUCUGAACUCUGAAGCCUCAUAGCAAGUUGAUAUAAAAAGUUAGACGUGAUUCUAGAAAGAUUGAUUAUGUGGUAAUAAAUUAUUUGUGCUCUACAUUCAAAAUGGAAUAAAAACUAUUCGUGCU